CAGCCUGCUGACCUUCACGGACCUCACGCUGGUUUCACGCCGCUUUGCAUAGUGUCUCUACGGGACGGAAGCGUUCCAGUGUCGCUCAGAAACUGAGUGAGAAGAUGGAGAGUCGGAGGGAGCCUUUUAUGCCUUUUUAAGAAGCCGUAAUCCGUCAGAGGACCUAAUCUUUACACGUUGUAAAAGUGAGAAAGUUUCUCGUUUUUACGGCAUGUGGUUAGCCAGAAGCAGCUGCGGGGAAUCGUUCUCUUUUGUUUGUCGUUUUAACGAGAUACUGCUUAGUUCAUUUCCUAGCUCUGGUAGCUAAAUACUACGUUGUAGUUGAACGUUACAAAUGAUGGCAGCAGCGAGGAAAAGGAAAAGUGAAGCUUUGGGAGAUGAAACCGAGGAUGAGGAGAGAGGAGACAGGCGAAGGAAGAUCAGAAAAACCAACAAAUACAUCGGAGCUCAUGUUGGUAUUCAAGGAGGAAUCUGGAAGGCGGUGGAGUCCAGCGCGGCGCUCGGCGCCGGCGCCUUCGCUCUGUUUCUGGGCUCUCAGCGCUCGUGGAAGAGGCCGGUGCUGGACCCGGCCGCUGCAGAUCGGUUCCAAGAGAAAUGCUCCGAGCUCGGCUUCGACCCGGCUCACAUCCUGCCUCACGGCUCCUACCUGAUGAACUGCGGAUCGCCCAAAGACGACGUGUCUGAGAAGAGCCGCGUCCUGCUGGUAGACGAGCUGAGCCGCUGCAGCCGCCUCGGCCUCCGCCUCUACAACUUCCACCCCGGAUCCUCGCUGGGCGCCAUCACCACCCAGCAGUGCCUGGACAAGAUCGCCGCAGCCAUCAACCACGCUCACCAGCAAACUCCUGCUGUGGUCACAGUGUUGGAGAACAUGAGCGGUCAGGGCAGCACAGUGGGGGGUCGGUUCUGUGAGCUGCGGCGGAUCAUCGACCGGGUCAGGGACCGGAGCAGAGUGGGGGUGUGUCUGGACACCUGCCACGCCUUCGCCGCAGGUCACGACCUGGCAGCAGACGGCGGCGUGGCGGCCAUGUUGGAUCAAUUUGAUCAGGAGGUCGGGCUUCGCUACCUGAGAGCGGUUCACCUGAACGACUCCAAAGGGAAACUGGGCUGCAACCUGGACCGGCAUGAAGACAUCGGGAAAGGAAACAUCGGGCUCUCGGCGUUCCGGGACGUCGUCAACGAGCCGCGGCUGGACGGCGUCCCGCUGAUCCUGGAGACGCCCGGACGGCCGGGAUUCCAAGACGCCGAGCAAAUCGAGCUUCUUUACUCACUGUGUGAGAAAAAUAAAGAAUGAGAGAAAACAGAAACAACCGAGGGCCAAGCAAGAACAUAAAACAAUCAAAUUAAAGGAUAAAGUCACAACAUUAUGAAAAUAAAGUAAAAAUAAAUUAAGAGAAUGAAGUCAUAAAAUUGAGAAGAUUUAAAAAAAUUAUGAGACUAAAGUAAUACAAUAAAUAAAUUCAUAUUACGAGACUAAAGAAUAAAAUCAUAUUAUGAAAAUUGUCAAAGUUGAGAAUAAAUUCAAUAUAAAAAUAAAGUCAGUAUUAUGAGAAGUUCAUGACACUAAAGUCAUAAAAUUAAGAGAAUAGUCGAAAUGAUACAAGCAUAACGUUGCAGUACUGCGAUAAUAGUCAUAUUACUUUAUUAAAAUAUAAUUACUGAAAUAUAACUCUAUUAUUCUUGUCUUAAUAUUAUGACUUUGUCCUCAAGGUUUUAUUUCUUUGUGUGGCUCCAUCACCAUCCAACCUGUUUUAAAGAAAUGUUUCCAUUUUUCUGCCUUAAAUAAACAAUUUCAAUAAAUCUG